AUGGUUGCUACGCUGCAGGUGUCCCCACGGAUACUGGAAAUCCAAGAGCGGGCUAAGCAGGACCCUUCCGGUGCGGCCAACUCUUACCAGAAGAUCCUUUCUGAAGGCCCAGGCUCCACGGAAGCAUCGUCACGAGACUACGAGCAGGCGCUCAUUGGACUCGGAGAGCUGUAUCGCGAUGCAAAGAAACCUCAGGACAUCGCGGAUCUUAUCAAGACAAGCCGGGACACGUUUUCCUCAUUUGCUAAGGCAAAGACAGCCAAGCUUGUUCGCCAACUUUUGGACUUGAUUAGUGAAAUCCCCAACACCUUGGACCUCCAGAUUGCCGUCAUCCAAUCAUGCAUAGAAUGGGCAAUCGCCGAGCGACGAUCGUUCCUCCGACAAAACCUCCAAGCACGCCUGGUUGCAAUCUAUAUGCAGAAGCAGAGCUACUAUGAUGCGCUCACUCUUAUCAACUCUCUUCUUCGCGAGCUGAAACGGUUGGACGACAAGCUCAUGUUGGUUGAGGUGCAGCUGCUCGAAUCACGGACUUACCACGCCCUGGGUAACCAGGCUAAAGGCCGAGCCGCAUUGACAGCCGCGCGAACGUCUGCUGCGUCAGUUUAUACGCCACCCAAUUUGCAGGCGGGCUUGGAUAUGCAGAGUGGAAUGUUACAUGCCGAGGACAAGGACUUUACCACCGCAUUCUCGUACUUCAUCGAAGCACUGGAAGGAUACAGCUCACUUGACGAAGGUGAGCUGGCAACAGCAGCGCUACAGUACAUGCUACUUUGCAAGAUCAUGCUCAAUCUGGUCGAUGAUGUCACCCAACUUUUGGGCUCCAAGCAGGCCCAGAAGUACGCAAGUCCACGUCUGGAAGCUAUGAAGGCAGUUGCUCGAGCUCAUGCCAAUCGAUCUCUUGAGGAAUACGAGAAGGCGCUCUCAGAUUAUCGAUACGAGCUUGGUAGCGACACCUUCAUCCGAAAUCAUCUGCGACGUCUCUACGACGCCAUGCUGGAGCAGAAUCUGGUCAAGGUCAUCGAACCCUUCAGUCGCGUGGAGCUGGACCACAUCGCCAAGAUGGUCGGUUUGGACACCCAGCAGGUAGAGCGCAAACUUUCUCAGAUGAUUCUGGAUAAAGUAAUUAUUGGAGUACUCGAUCAAGGAUCGGGAUGUCUGAUUGUGUACGAUGAAACGGAACGUGACCAGGCAUACGAUGCUGCUUUGGACACAAUUGAGAAGCUUAGUAACGUGGUGGAAGGAUUGUACACUAACCAGGCAUCGCUUCUGGAGUAG